AUGGCCAGACACAGGCCCUCAGACUUCUCCCCACUGCCAGGCAGUGGUAGGGGCGGGCCCAGAGGGCCAAUGCCAGUGCGAAUUGGUGCUCCGGUCUGGUUGAGUGCCCAGGCCGUUCCCAGCAUGCUGAUGGUCCGGCCAGGGAUCAGCCCAGGCCCUGAGGGGUGGGAGGUGCCCCUGGGUCCACAGCCCUACGGAUUCUACUGUGGGAUGGCACCCCACAGGUCCAGGGUCGGAGCUGGCGAGGCUGGACCCCGGUUCCGGAGCCCCUCGGAGGGCACCUUCCGGAGACCCUACAUGGUCCUGCAGUGCACCCCGAGUUUGGUGCUACCAGAGGACGUCUCAAAGGUAGAGAAAGAGAUAGAGCAGCUGGCCAAAGAGCUGAGGCAAAAGAGGAUGGCCCUGGGGUACUCGCAGGCCGACGUGGGGUUCGCCAUGGGGGCUCUUUUUGGAAAGGCGCUUAGCCAGACAACCAUCUGCCGCUUCGAGUCCCAGCAGCUCAGCCUCGCCAACAUGUGGAAGCUGUGGCCACUUCUGAAAAUGUGGCUGGAGGAGGUGGACACCAAGAACUUACUGGGCAUACGCAAAAUGGAGAUGAUCCUGCGGCAGGCUCGGAAGCAGAGACGGGCAAGCAGGGAGAAUCGCAUCCGAAACAACCUGGAGCAACUCUUCUUGCAGUGCCCGAAGCCCACACCCCAACAAAUCAGCUGCAUCGCUGGGCAGCUCCGGCUGCAGAAGGAGCUGGUCCGAGUUUGGUUCCAUAACCGGAGCAAGAUGGAUCGUCAGCCAACCAUUGAUUUCUCCCCACCGGCGGAUGUGGGGGCAGCCGGGCCUCCUUUCCCAGGGGGACCAGUGUGCUUUCCCGUGGCAUCGGGGCUCCAUUUUGGUUCCCCCCACUACGAAGAGCCUUACUUUAUACCCAUGUAUUCUCCUACCCCUUUCCCUGUGGCAGGGACCUUCCUCUCUGCCCGAGUAAACGCUCAGGGCCACCCCAGGCUUUCAAAAUGA